UGCUGGUUCUUCUUUUCUGACUCAUUUUUGAUGCUUUCUACUUUUCUUUGCAAUAGAAAUACAAGACUUACUGUGGUCGUCACUUGCACACACGUAUAGACCGUUUUCUCUCUCUCUCUCUCGACUUGUUUGGACUUUGAUCUACUUAAGUCAAGUUUCAUUUGCCCAACAUAAAUAACCAAACCCCGCCACUACCACCAUAAUGCCCAAACCCAAACGACAAUCAACCCAAACAAAACCCACCACCACCACUUCACCCCCCCUCCUAUCACCAACAUCAAUCCCAUCUACAUUCACCGACACGCUCCCUCUCCCUCGUCUCAUCGUCUUCGACCUCGACUACACACUAUGGCCAUUCUGGGUCGACACACACGUGACCGGCCCCGUGAAACCGGCGGCCAGUUCCAACGGCCAAUACAAUUCCAAAAUGCUUGAUCGAUGGGGCGAGGAAUACGGAUUCUACGACGACAUACCAGGGAUUCUGGCUGGAGCGAAAGAACGGGGCGUGGAAAUGAGUCUGGCGUCGAGAACUCAUGCUCCGGAUUUGGCGAGGGAUAUGUUGAAUGGAUUACAUGUUCCUAGCCUUAGUGUUACUAUGGACAAGGUGACGGGAGAGGGUGGGGGUGAGGAUGGAGUUGAGAUUUCGGGAAGUUCUGGAAAGGGAGAUGGAGAUGGAGGAGAGCGGUUUUUUCGAAAAGCGUCGACAUUCUUCACGCAUCCUCAGAUCUUUCCGGGAAAUAAAACCACGCAUUUCCAGCGGUUGUAUGCGUUUUUCAAGAAACGCGGUACAGAGGUUCCAUAUGAGGACAUGUUGUUCUUUGAUGAUGAGACGAGGAAUCGGAAUGUGGAGACUGAGUUGGGGGUGACGUUUUGGUUGGUCAGGGAUGGGGUUUCCAGAGAUGAGGUGGAUAAAGGAGUUUGGGAGUGGAGGAAAAGAAGGGGGAUUGGGAAGAAGGAUUUGAAUCGAGGUAACGAGGAAUGAGGGGUGAAGAAUGAGGAUGGUGAUCAGGGAGUUGGGAUGCAAUGCAUGCUCUGGUGAAGAAUAUCUAGAAUUCCAUGAUAGAUGUAUGUUUGUUUGUUGGAAUGGGUCUUGGAAGGCUGUCUUGGAAUCUAUUAUAUACUGUGUCUUGUUCUAGCCUGAAUGCCUUGAUGUAGUUCCUAAAUACUAGGUAUGUUGAAAACACGCUACAAGC